GUCGCAGCCUGAGGGACUUCGGCGGGGCAGGCCCCGGAGCGGCUCGUCUCCGGCCUCGCUCCCAGCCCGCUCCUCCCGGCUCGCGGGCCUCACGGUAGGGUGCGCGUGCGGGCCGGUGCCGCGGCCGCCUUGGGGCCUGGGCCCAGCCGCACAGGGGCCGCGAGAUGCAGCCGCCGGGCCCGCCCCCGGCGUAUUCCCCCUCGAACGGGGACUUCACCUUUGUCUCCUCGGCCGACGCGGAAGAUCUCAGUGGUUCAAUAGCAUCUCCAGAUGUCAAAUUAAACCUUGGCGGAGAUUUUAUUAAAGAAUCUACAGCUACUACAUUUCUGAGACAAAGAGGAUAUGGUUGGCUUUUGGAAGUUGAAGAUGAUGAUCCUGAAGAUAAUAAGCCACUCUUGGAGGAAUUGGAUAUCGAUCUAAAGGAUAUUUACUACAAAAUCCGGUGUGUUUUGAUGCCAAUGCCAUCACUUGGUUUCAAUAGACAAGUGGUGAGAGACAAUCCUGACUUCUGGGGUCCUCUGGCUGUUGUUCUUUUCUUUUCCAUGAUAUCAUUAUAUGGACAGUUUAGGGUGGUCUCAUGGAUUAUAACCAUUUGGAUAUUUGGUUCCCUAACAAUUUUCUUACUGGCCAGAGUUCUUGGUGGAGAAGUUGCCUAUGGCCAAGUUCUUGGAGUUAUUGGAUAUUCACUACUUCCUCUCAUUGUAAUAGCUCCUAUACUUUUGGUGGUUGGAUCAUUUGAAGUGGUGUCUACUCUUAUAAAACUGUUUGGUGUAUUUUGGGCUGCCUACAGCGCUGCUUCAUUGUUAGUGGGUGAAGAAUUCAAGACCAAAAAGCCUCUCCUGAUUUAUCCAAUCUUUUUACUAUACAUUUAUUUUUUGUCUUUAUAUACUGGGGUGUGAUCUAAGUCAUACAUGGGUAGAAAAAGACAAUGUUAAACUUGUGUGUAGUCUGGGAAUUCUUGCUGAGAUGGUUGAAGAAAACCUGUUGCUGGUAAAAUUUUACAUGUUCCACAUGUAAAGGCAGGUUUGAGGUCUUUUUAAAACCAUAUUUUUUGUAUUUAAUUAAAUAAGCAUUUGCAGUUACCUGAAUUUUUUUUGGUCAGAAUUCCAAAUUCUGUUUGAUUCUUCAUAUUCCAGUGAAUAAAAUAUAAAAGCAUUGUGUUUUUAAGGUUGUGUCAAUAUUCACCUAAAAACUUGUGCCAAAAACACCUGGAAUGGUAAUUAUAUUUCAUUCAAAGGGUAAAUAUGACAGCAUCCUGAUAAUCUAAAAGUGCAAUUUUUUUUAAAGGGUUUUCUCCUGCAUCGCAGAUCCUGUAGAUAUAUAUUUAUAUUUAUACAUAUAUAUUUAUGAAAUAAUUCUUAUUAUCCACAAAAUAUAUUUCUGAAUAGCCUAAAAGUUAAGAUAUUUUAAAUCUGAUGCUUAACCAUUAAUUUGGCCAUUCUUUUUAUUUAUAAAUUCAAAUUGUUUUUUUAAUUGUAUAUAAUUUUAAAAAUCUCAUAUGUGCUUCAGUAUGUCCUUAUUAAGUUCUAAUAACAACUAAAACUAAUUUUAACAAUUGCUGAUACAGAUUUGGUUUGCUUGGGUGUGCUUUGAAAAACCAUUUUUGAAUACCUAAAUACCUGGUUUCAGUUUCGUUUAUCUUUCUGACCAAAGCAACAGGAGGUAUAAUGGAUAUGGCAUUAUAAAAAUUGUUAAUAUGUAGAAAAAUAGUAAUAUUUAUAGCAUCAAUAAAUAUUUUUAAGUGGUACUUCUAAGUCAUAAAAGUUGCUGGAAAGAGACUUUAAAAUCUUGUCCUGAACAAUGUUAUAUGAAGUAGAAAAAAAUAAAAUGCUUCCCAGCUGUGUGUUUUGUUUUAUAACAACUUGUCCUGUAUUACUAACAUGUAUCAGGUCCUCUAACAAAUGUACAGUAUUUGCUAAGGGAAAUACUAAGAAAUUUUGACUAGUGAAAUUUUUAUUCCAAUUAUUUCAUAGACUGUAGGUGUACUUUGUAAAGUAGAUAAAAUAUUUUAUUGAUGUCCAUAAAAUAGCAAAUGCCUGAUAACUAUUAGCAAAUUAUUGUAUUAUCAUUUCUGGUCUCAGCUGGAAGAGGUAACUGCUGUCUUAAAUGUGCUAACAUGACAUGGCUAUACCCAUCUUUAGUAUGUAUUCCUUUAGCAACUAACUGUGUCGGGAAAUAUCCAGCAACUCUGAAACAAGUCUUCAAAUUAGCAAGGUAUCGAGCUCAUCUCUCCUCCUUUCACCCCUCUCCCCCACUAAAAAAAUAAAAAAGGAAAGAAAAAAAAGAAAGAAAACCUGCAGGAAAACUAUGAAGCUAUCUUUGAGACAGGAUAAUGUGAAAAUUACAUAUGAUGAUUUUCUUAAACAAGUUUAAGACAACAGAUAGAAGCACCAGAGGGAUAGAAUUUCUAGAACCUAAAAUAAUAUGAAAUUGUGAGGAAGGAUCAAUAACUACAGAAGCAAUAGCUAUAAAAUAAACAUUUGUCACUUGUAAGGAAUUCCUAAGAUAAGUACUUUGUUAAAGUGGAUUAUAAUAAUUAGUGUUCAUGGUGUUGAACUUGGAAUCUUCCCAAAGAAGCUGAGAAGUUGGUACCAGGGGGUACUAUUUUAUUUAAGCAAUAAGUCAAGGCAUUUUGGGAUCCAUUCUAUCAAAAAGUGGUUUAAUUUUUUUAAGCUAUCAUUUCUUUAAGGUGAAAAGUUUCAUAUGUGGAUCAUGUUUAUUCUCUAAUGAUGUAAAAUAAAAUAAGGUAUUUGUGUCUAAAA